AUGAAGCCCUCUGCGGACAUGCUGGAGAUCAUCGCCUGUACCGUCCUAAUCCUCGUGAGUGUUGUCGGAAACACGUGUUUAUUUUAUUCCACAAGGAAGUGUAUCACUGGACGUUUACAGACAUCCUUUCUUCUAAUUUUCAGUCUUAUAUUUGUCCACCUUAUUAGAAACUUGGUGCUGAAUGUCAUGAAAAUUGUUUACUCUUCUGGUAUCACGUUGGAUUCAGCUGGCUGCAAAGUUCUGCACUUCACAGCAGCCCUGACGGCUUCACUGGCCAUCUGGUUCACCUUACACUUUGCAUUGCUCUACCUCUGGAGGCUUUACCGAACUGUCCACCCCUUGAGUGAGGACCCAGGCCUGGACCAACAGAAACAUUCCUUGAAGGGGGUUUCUGCACUCUGGGUGUCUGGUGUGGCAGUGGACAUCCCCGUUUUAAUUUAUACUAGAAAACUGGAAUUCGUCAAUGCAGGAAAUGAUACAGACCCCUUGUCUACUAACAAGAUUUACAUGGAUUGCCUAAUGGACUUUGGAAACAAGCAGGUAGAGUUUUACUAUGGGAAAUUUGUUUUAGUUCUGAUUGAUAUUCUUCCCUUAGCCACUUUAGUCUUUGUCUGUUUCUGGAUGUCUUUCCUCCUUUCGGAGAGAAAGAAGAUGACAUAUGGUGACAUCUGGAUUGGAGAUGAUGAUUCAGAAAUUGAAAUCCUUAGAGGGGCCAAGUUCAGUAUUUUAUUAAUGUUGCUGAUCACUCCACUUUGGAUUUCUCACUUUAUCUUAGUCUAUUUCUUAAAAGACUUGGCAGCAUGUAUUUUUAUUCCAGCUGUUCUCACAGCCCUCUCUUCAGGCUUCUCUGCUCUCAGUCCUUUCCUGCUUAUUUUAGUUAAUUACAAAAUGGAAUUGGUGUUCUUCUGUGGCACCAAAGAGGAAAAACCCACACCACAGCCUACGAAUGUUGCUCUUUCUCCAUAUGCUUAA